GCAUGAGGCCUGGGACCCCCACCUUGUCCCAGCUCCGUCGAGGACAGUGGUCUGGGUAGGGGGUGUGCGAGGGAAAAGUGUGGCAUAGCUCUCAGAAACUUUUGUUACUUUAUGGAAUUUCGUGUAACUUCAAUUUGGAGAGUCUGGACCCUACAAUGUAUCUGUUUUCCCCUCCAACAACCUUAAAGUCCAUGGGCGGCUUAGUUUGCCUCGCCUGUGUGGUUGUAGCUGGUGCUAACUGGGGUAUUUGAACUCUGUAGACUCACAUUCUCUCCUUGUGAGGGUGUGUGUGUGAGCUUGUGUUAGACUUUCUAACCGUGUUUGCUUUUGUGUACGUGUGAGCUGCCGGUUGUGAGUUGUGCCCAACCGCCCAACUGUGCCAGUGUGGCUGAGUGUGAGUGUACAAGCUUGGAUUUGUACAUGGGGUGACGUGUCUGUAGUUGAGCCUGACUCCAUGUCUCAUUCUGUGGGUCUACUACUGUGUCACAUGGUGAGUGUGAAAUUUUUAUUACAUUUAUUUAUUUGUGCGUUUGCAUGUGUGUGUGUGUGUGUGUGUGUGUGUGUGUGUGUGUGUGUGUGUAGGUAUUUGGACAACUUUCAGGAGUCGAUCAUCUCCUACCCCGUGAGUCCCCGCGACGGAACUCAGGUUGUAAGGCUUGGCAGCAACCGCCUUUAUAGCUGAGCCACCUAGCUGAUUCCAGAUUGUGAGUUCAUACUGUGCCUCUCAGAGGGUGUUUGUGUGGAUUUCAGGUCUCUUUGUAUCUGGUAUGGCGGGAAUGUGUUGGUGUGGUUGACGCAGUUGGGGCUCAACUCAGCUGUGGGAAUUUGAGUGGUCUGGGUUUGUGUAUAGUUAGUGAGUUGCAUUUCACCGAUUUGUAUGCAACGGAUUCUGUACUCUUGGGUGUGUUUUAUGUGUAUUUGAGUGUGUCUGCUUAUAUGUAGGUAAGGGUGAUAUUUUGUACAUACAGGAGCCGGUUUGUGUGAUCAAGAAGAUUGGUCACCAGCACAUUGAUACGCUACCUGGAUAUCUAUUAGCUAAACCUGUGGGUACCCAAGGGAAAGUUGCACCAGGCAAAUCAUUUUGCCCCUACCCAGUGGCCUGUGGCAUGAAACCCUGGAUAAUUUCAACCCAAGCCCAGAAGACGCCUCCGCAGUCCCAGUUCAGGCAGAAUAUACUGUUCUAGGACUGAGGCGCUCAUGGAGACAGAUGACUUCAGAGUGGCUACAGGGCAGUGGCAUGGGACCAGGCAGAGGUGUCUUUCCUACUUACUAGAAUGUGCCUGCUGGUGUCGGGGCCCGGGGCCGACUAGGGGGUCUGGUGAAGGGUGGGCAGGGAUCCAGAUUGGGAACUGAGGGGUUUCUGAACCACAGAGCCACCAAGUGCCUGGAUGUCUCUAGACACCAGGAGAAGAGGAGAGAAGACAGGAAAUGAAGGAAACUAGAGUUUGCUCAGAGGAGGGGGUUGUGGUGGGCUCUUCAGGACACACAGCCAGGCAUUGCAAAGAGGGAUCUGGGAGCCCCUGCGGCAUAUUAUUCUAAUGAGCCAGGAGGAAAUGGGAGGAGUCUUCCCAGACUUUAAACCGCUCGGUGGGGAACCAGAAGAACCAGUUAGUCGCUUGCUUUGAUGGGUCUUAGAGGGAUAUUUUAGAGAGAGACCCUUUAGGGAGUUAGACUAUGUCCGGAACCGUGGGGAGUUCAGGGAGUAUUUGGGGCUCCACACAGGACACGUAUGAAGAUUCCUGGAUGAGAAGGGUGCUUAGGAGAAAGUUUUGAACAUCUGCAGCAAGGACAUGGAGCCUGAAGACAUUCCGUCCCCCACCUGAGGCCGCCGAGCUACAGAGUUAAGGAUUUAAACCCAGACCGUCCGGCUUCCCUAACCCUCACCUAGUAGUCCUACCUGUAUUUCAUACCAUGCGGUACUUCAUUCUCUCGUCAUGAAGAGGAAGAAGGACACAGAGGUGAAGAGUAAAACCUCAGGUACUAAAGCCACACCUUCACCGAAUCCUGAUCGGACACCAAACCAGCCCCCUGAAAAGAAGCGAAAGAUUCCAACCACCUUGCUGCCAACCUGGUACAAGGAACCAGUGAUCUUCAAAGAUGUAGCUGUGUACUUCAGCCAGAAAGAGUGGCAGCUACUGGAGCCUGCUCAGAAGGACCUGUACAGGGAUGUGAUGCUGGAGAACUACGAGAACCUGAUCUCUGUGGAGUAUUACAUUUUCAAACCACGGUUGAUCACCAGGUUGGAACAUGGUGUUGACCUUUUUGCUGAAGAGAACAGUGUUCCCAGAGAACGCCAGCAGCAGCGCGAGGCAGGAGGCAGCAGAAGCGACACCUCUGCAGGAAGGAAGACAGUAAAUAACUCAAAGACAGAAAUCCCAAAGCCAGACACUUCUAAGACAACAUCACGGGAGAAGCUGAAGAAAGCAGAUCGAGGGGGUGGUUCCAAGAGUUUGAGGGCAGAAAAGCCUUCCAAACGUGAUGACAGGCCAUCUCAGAACAAGGAGAAGCCAUUUCAGAACAAGGAGAAGCCAUCUCAGAUUAAGGAGAAGCCAUCUCAGAACAAGGAGAAGCCAUCUCAGAACAAGGAGAAGCCAUCUCAGAACCGGGAGAAGCCAUCUCAGAACCGGGGGAAGCCAUCUCAGAACCGGGAGAAGCCAUCUCAGAACAAGGAGAAGCCAUCUCCGAACAAGGAGAAGCCGUCUCAGAACAAGGAGAAAUGUGGUUCAUUUUUGACAAGAGAAGCAGGCAAAGCAGUCACUCCUGGGAAUAAAGCGCGUGAAUCUGUGACCCCUGGAACAUCUUCGAGUCAAACAUCAGCAACUACAACACCAAGGAGCGCCCCUCAAGAAAAGUCAACUUUGGGGAAAGCCUCUCAUGGAAAAACACAGACGGCCAGCAACUUCACACAGCCCAAGCUUAAGCCUGCGCGACAAGGUAAGAACCACUUUAAAUGUAAGGAAUGUGGGAAAACCUUCAACCAGACGCUCCACCUCGUGGAGCACGAGAGGAUUCACACCGGCGAGAAACCCCACAAGUGUGACACCUGCGGUAAGUCUUUCAGGCACCUCUCGUACUUCCUCACACACUAUCGAAUUCACACGGGGGUGAGACCUUACAAGUGUAAGGAGUGUGGCAAGGCCUUCAACAGCAGCUCCACGCUCAACAAUCACCGCAGGAUCCACUCGGGAGAGAAACCCUUCAAAUGUGACGAGUGUGGGAAAACCUUCAAGCAGAGCACCAAGCUCACUCGUCACCAACGGAUCCACACGGGGGAGAAACCCUACAAGUGUGGCGAGUGUGACAAGUGCUUUGGCCGCAGCUCAUCCCUGAGGGAGCACAAGAGGAUCCACACAGGAGAGAAGCCGUACCGCUGUCAGGUGUGUGGGAAAAGCUUCCGGGUCAACUCGCACCUUUCGGAGCAUCAGCGGCUCCAUCUGAAGGUGAAGCCCUACAGGUGUGAUAAGUGUGGCAGGCACUUCCGAAACAGCACUUACUUAUCAGAACAUAAGCAGUCCCAUGUGCCCGGGGCCCGAGUGGACUGCCUAGAAUGCGGGAAAGUCUUCGCUUGCAAGGUAGCCCUUAUCAAGCACCAGAAAAGACAUGACGCGGACUCCAGAUAUCGGUGCAAGGGAUGUGGAAAGAGUUUUAGGUGUAAGUCAAGCAUCCAACGGCAUGAGAGGCUUCAUGCUGGGGAGAAGCCUUUUGUGUGCACCAAGUGUGACAAAGCUUUCACUGAUAAAACCACAUUGAAUAAUCACUUGAAAAUCCACUCUGGAGACAGGCCAGAUCCAUGUGCCCAUUGUGGGAGAACCUUUAAAAAACUGGCUACCCUGCUGCUUCACCAGAAAAAGCAUGUUAAAAAUAAACCCACCGACAAUGUAUAAAAGACCUUUAGCCAGAGCUCCCCUCUCUGGGUCUUU